AUGAGCCACAACCCCUCUGAGGAUGUAGAGAUGGGCGACGGCGAGCAGCAGGCGCCAUCCAUUGCUCAGGGUGUUCCAGAAUCUGCUUCUGACGCGGAUGCAAUGAUGGAUGAUAAUCCGGACUCUCAUGGACCCGUGGCGUCGGGGUCUGGUGCUGCAGCCGUGGGGGCGCGCGCCGGCACCAUCCAUGCCAUUCACGCGGAGGAUGAUGAGGACGACGACGACGACUACAUUCCCGAUGCGCCUGUCAAGGACGACGAGGGCUCGAGCUCGGAAGAUGAUGACGAAAAUGAGGAUGAGCACGACGAUGAUGCACUGGCUAGUGGCGAUGAGGAGAUAACGGCGCAGGUGAAGCACAAGCGUGUCAACUACAAGGGAAUGUGA